GGGAAAACCGAAAUAUGGCGGAGGUUGUAAAUAAGGUUUAGAACUGCGGGCGGACUAAUUGUGAAUCGCCGUUGUACACGGAUCCGACUUCUUAUUACUCCAGGGCCUGAAUCGAAGUGGAUUGAGUUUAAAACUAAUUUCUCAUUUUGCUAAGAGGUCAUCAAACCAAAGUAGACAGAAAUGUCUUUGUGUAAGUCAGAGAUUGAACGUGUGCACAAGGUUCUGUCAUUAAUGUUGAAGAAUUUAGAAUGUCCAAUAUGCUUAGAAUUGAUGAAAGAACCAAUUUCAACAAAAUGUGAUCAUCAAUUCUGUCAGUUCUGUAUAUUGAAGCUUUUUGAUAAGAAGAAAAGUACUAUACAGUGCCCAUUGUGCAAUAACACAGUGAGCAAGAGGAGUCUGCAGGAAAGCACUCGCUUUAAACAACUUGCAGAGGGUAUUAUGAAAACAAUCCAUGCCUUUGAGUUGGAUACAGGUUAUGAAUUCUCCAUAGGCAACACACCAAAAAGGACUCCAGCUGAGAUCAAUGCUUACAGACAGUUAUGGCAAGAUGAUAACCAUACUUGGAGUAACAAUACACCACAGAAUGUCAUAGCUACUGGAAUCUCCAAAAAUCGCACUUUGAAGGUGGGCGCUGACCCUCCUUUGACUGAAUUUGUAAAAAGGGUUUCCUCAAGAAUUAAAAGGCAGAAAAUCGAGGGCACUGCAGUCUGCAUUGGGAUUGAUUCGGACUCUUCUGAGGAGCCUUUGUUCAAAACACAUGUUAAUGUGAAGUCAACACCACAUCAAAAACCAGUGAAUAAGAAAGCUACUUCUCAAAAAGAGAAAAUUGAUCAAUGUGACAAUGAUGAGAAACCUUGUGAGGGAAAGAAAUCAAAAUUAUCGAAACCAGCACCGGAGGGACUAUUUUCAUCAGAAAUGGAUGAUAAUGAAGUGUCAGAAGAUACUGCAAACACGGAUGCUGGUGAUUAUUCCUGUGCAACCGAAUCUGAAACAAAGCAAAAACAAAUGACUGAGAACAAAUCUGAAAGUAAUUUCUGUAGCCCAGAGGUACCUGGCAAGAUCUUUGCAAAUGAGAGCUCCUCGCAAGUUGCUGCAGAAUGGGUGAAUAAGCAAAGCUGCAUUGACGGAAACGAACUUUUCACUGACAGUGCAACGCCUUUUUCAGAAAAAAGUGCUUUAGAAAGAGAUGUGGAUCAAUUGAUUAACUGUGAAGAGCUGAACCCUAAAGAUUCUACUUUAAUGGUUGAAGAUGAAGCUGAUAUUCAGAGAACUGUAAGCCAACCAGUUCUAAAAGUGUCCAAAAGAAAAAGCCAGCGAAUUAUCAAGAAAGUCAGUGAAUGGUUAUCCAAAAUUAAUGUUGAUGAGGUGACAGCUGUUGGUGUGGAAUCUAAUCCACAUGACCAGAAAAUGGAGUCAGAUUCCUUAGAAGGAGAGAGCCCUGACUCUGGUGGAGAAGCUUCUGGUUCAGAAGAUACUGAAAAAGUUAAAUAUGGCUUAAUCUCGCCUUUAAAAGAAAAAAGUGUAGCAACAGUAACUGCAGCUGAUGUUAAAAACAAAAUCUUUGGGAAAACAUAUAAGAGAGAUAAGAGAAAAAGUGCUCCAGUAAAUUGGAGUUUUAAUUCUGACAUUAAAAGUGAUGAAUUGACAUCUCGCAGAGAAGAUGUCUUUGACAUCAGUUGGAAUAAAACUGAAAAAGGGAAAAGAAAAAGCAAUGGACUAGAUCCUGAAGACUUUAUAAAGAGGUCUGUCAAUGAUGAGGGUAACAAUGGCAAUGGUGUUCAGAAUGGAAAAAAACAAAUAGACCCCAAGGAGAAUGUUCCUGUGUCUAAUAAUAUUGAAACUGAGACAAGUAAAGAAGUACAAGGUGAGCCAUCUGAUAUUAAACAAAAUGACAAACUAGUAGUUUGUGGUGAAGACUCUGAGCAAGUUGUACAGCAGCCAGACUUGGAGUUAGGCAAGACUGAUGCUGAAAGCAAGAAAAAAAUUAACAAAGGUUUGGGGAAAAAAGGAAAAAAGUCAUCAAUAAAACAGACAAGAAAAAGAACUAAACCUUUGCAGCUAGUUAAUCAGCUUGUAAGAGCUGAUGGAAGUCCUAGAAGCAACCCAGUUGACAUGAAUGAGAACAAGAUUGAUAGCUUCCCCAGUAGCGAAGAACCAAUGAAGGCCGAACCAGAACUGAGGGUGACCAGAAGAAGUAAUAGAUUGAAGCUGCUGGAUGAAGAGUUGAUCUUGCAGGACAAAAAUAAAGGGAAGAAAUCUAAAUUCACCAGGUUGCAUACACUCCUUGCACCUGGUGCAGGCAAUGACUCCGUAGCAGAGCCUAGUGAGGAAAAUACUGAUGCAAGAAUGGUAUGUGUAGAAACUGAGAGUCUCCCAAUGCAGGAUAUUAUAGUUCAUGCCUGUAAUGAACAGUUACCUAAUGAUAGCUAUUCAAAGCAAGAUUAUGUAGCUUCUCAUGGAUCACAUGGGAACUCUAUGGUAGAAAAGCUCGAAGACAGUGAUGUGCUAAGAUUAUCAGAGAAUGUGCAUCAAUUAAGGGACUGCGAUAAAGCAGCAGAAACUGACAAUGUUACUGCGCUAGCUGAAUGUCCAAUGUGGUCUGAUCAUUCUUCCUUCAUAGCAGCAUCUGGCACACACUCGGAAGAUUCAGGUUCACAAGCCAGCAUGUUACUACAUCCCGUUCUUGGGGAAAAACACAGUGACCCACAAGUACAUUCCAGUUGUACAAGUAAAGAUGAAGUGAACCCAAAUGAUAUUACAUGUUUGACUGUGAGUCAUUCCAAAGUAGAAACGGUAAACAGUGAAGAGAACAGCAGUGAGGGCGUAGCUAUCAAACAACAGACAAGAUCAAAGGAGGUGACUGAUGACAGUGAAGUGGAUACUGAGCAGCUUCUAAAGUCAUUCAAAUUAUCAAAACGAAAAUCAUUCAUUCUUAUGCCAGGAUCAGAGCGUCAGUCUGUAGAAGAUGAAUGUGUAAAAGCUCCGGUUUCCAAAUGUAUUGAUGCUGAGGCCACUUGUAAAUCAAAAGGGAUCGAUAGGGGAAAUGCAGUGAACAGAGAUUACGAUGGAAGUGCUGCUACAAAUCAGGAAACGGGAAAAAUUAAUUUGGAUAAAACUGAUUCUCCAAUCAAAAAAGCCGAGGUUGCCAGUGGCGUCAAAAGUAAACAGUGCACAUCUGAGUUGGAUAGUGUGCUGAAGCUAUUGAGCAGGGAAGAUCGUGAUUCUGUUGAAAUUGUGCCUCCACCAACUUCAACCCCUGGGUCGCCUCUUCCUCCUGUAUUUCCACAGCAUAUCCAGGAGGUGGUGCCUCUAUCAAGUAGCAGGUCGAAGGGAAAAAGGAGCAGCAACUUGCUGAAAAUAAAAAGCUCAGAUACCAGUAGUUCACUGGUUAAUAUAGAGAAAGAAAUAUUUGAUUCUGAUAGAUCAAGCCAAGUCACAGACAGUGAGCACUUAAAGAGCAACGCACACAACAAUUCUUGUCAUAAAAAAACCACAAACGCAGUUGAAGACAGAGCCUUAGAAGUAGCUGUCAGCCAAGAGAUUCAGCAAGGUGGCUUAAGUACAAAACUUGAUUCCAAUGCCCAUCCAGAGUCUGAAUUAUUGUUUUCAACUAGAGAUCUGCUUGGUCAAGAAGCAAAUGAGAAAGAUAGUUAUCAAGAAAAUAAAUCAGAUAAAUUGUUAAAAGAGAUAGGGUCUUCUAAAAAUUGUGAAUCACUUCAAAAUAUUCCUGCGACUGUAGAAAGCACUACAGAAAGUGAAUUAGUUAAAUUAACUGAUGUUGCAAGAUGCCACUCUCAGCCUAUGUUUACCAAUGCACAAGAAAGUGUUGUUGUAGGAUAUAAAACUGGCGAGAACAAAUGUCUACAAAAUUCACUGGUGUCUUCCGUAACUCCUGAUGGGCUGCUAGAUAGUGCUGAAGAAAGCAUAAAUAAAAGCAUGGAUGAAAUACAAAGUAAAUGUCAGAAAGACCGACUGAAGCAAUAUGAAACAGCGACAAAGAAACAGAAGAAGAGAAACUCUCAGAAAUCUUCGACACGAGAGCAGGUUCGGCGACGGAGGAAGCGGCCAGUUAAACUGUCGACUUCAGAAUCUGAAACAAGCGAUGAAGAGCUACCUUGUUUUCAGAUUUUUGGAUUCAACAGAUUGGGGUCACAUGCUCCGUCUGUGUCGCAAAGUCCCUUAAGUGCAACACAUCUGUCUUCAAAGGGUUCACUGGGACUACCCUUUUCAUUGCCAAACAGCAACACAGAAGUUAUAAAGACUUUUUGUACUGAAGUAAAUAAAUUGGAAGAAAAUGUAGAUGAUGAAGGCUCUCCCAAAAAUGAAUGCCUUGCCCCAAGCCAAGAAUCUGGGGAAUCUCCUGACUUAUUCUCUUCUCAUUCUAGUGGUUCGUCCCCUGAUGCCAGUCCCCAACCAAAAGCAAGCAGUAAGACUCACAAACAAAUAAACGCUUUAAAUGUAACCGAAUCAAAGAGCCAGGAUGAAAAAAAUGACCGCAAAGUUGAAGAAGUUUGGGAUGCUCCAUAUGUGCAGCCACAGUGUUUUGAAGGUGGAAAAGUACCUAGCAACGACAGUGAAGCCAGCCGUACAGGGGACUCCUCUCCAGAGAUUGAAAUUCUAACCACACAGCAAAGGUGUGCAAUACAGAAUAACAUAAAGAAACUCGAGCAUGAAAUGGCUGUGCUCGAGGCAGUUCUGGGUGAACAUGGAAGCCAAGACACUGAACACUUGUUCUCAACAAACCAUCCAGAAGAUUGUCCAGAGCUAUUUGAAAAACAAGUGAAACCAGUUACUGCUGAAUUUCACCUGGGACAUACUGGAAAUUUGGAAAGCAUAUCAAAAUUAAAAUGUCUUCCAGCAACUGAAGCUGUAGGACCUCAAUCGCUGCUAAAUACAAGCAUAAUCUUUACACAUGGGGACGAAGAGGAGACUGAAUGUUCCACUUCUCUUAUGGAUUUGGAAAAUGGACAAAUAUCAGAGAAAUGCCAAGCAGCGAAUGGUUCGCUAAACCAAUUCCAAUCUAAAGCAGAUUCUCGAGAAAUGACUGAUUCGCUAAAUGCAGCAGAAAAGAAAGAGGAGAUAAAGAAACUCACAAACUCAGAUAGUGAAGGAUGCCAACCUAUAGAGGAUGUAGCUGGCAACGCAAGUACGUCACAGACCCACUAUAACAGAAGGGCAACGUCCAAAAGCUUCAAACAUAACAGAUCUUCGCUGACUUCAUCUCCUGUUUUUAACAAAAGUUCAAAUGCCACCAAGAGCACGGUUGUGACCAUUCAAAGAAAAAUGUCCUUUGUAGCUUCAGGGCUGAACAAAAGUGAAAUUCUGCUGGUUGAAAAAUUUGCAAGAAAAACAGGAGCCACCUUCCUCACUAAUUUUUCACCCAGUACAACCCAUGUUAUCAUGAAAACAGGUACAGAUUUAGUUUGUGAGAGAACGCUGAAGUACUUCAUGGGAAUAGCAGGAAGGAGAUGGGUGGUCAGUUAUCAAUGGAUCAUUGAGUGUUCCAGAAAAGGCAUGGUAAUUGAUGAGCAUGAGUUCGAGGUGCAGGGUGAUGUAAUCAAUGGAAGAAACCACAACGGCCCAAGAAAAGCAAGAAAAACAGUGGAUGGAAAACUGCUCUUAAGCCAUUAUGAGAUUUGCUGCUUUGGUUCCUUUACAGGUAUGAGUAGAGAUCAGCUAGAGUGGAUGAUAGAACUCUGCGGCGCUUCCAUAAUUAAGGAACCUUACUUAUUCACCUACAGCCCUAAUUAUCCUGCAGUGGUGGUUGUGCAGCCUGAUGCUAAUUCAGCAAAUACUGACUAUGGAGCCAUCCAGAGACAAUACAACAACAUUGUAGUUACCAGAGAAUGGAUUUUGGACAGCGUUGCUUGCUAUCAGAACCAGCGACUGGAAGCUUACCUGGUCUGCCUUCCACAUUGAAACAGCACAAACUGGACAUUCUGAGGAUGUAAUUCGUUAGUUAAAUAGAAUGUAAAUAACAGAAAGCUGUGAAUCGGCUUCACUUUAUUAAAAGGCUGAGCAAAAUUCUAAUCAUAAAAGCAGGAGCAGAGAAACUAUGUUAAUUAACUCGUUGAAAAUUAUUUUGUUAUUGGCCGUGUACUGUUUUCAGCGGUAGUCUGAUGCAAUUUCUUUCAAAUGCUCAGCAUUAACACCUUAUUCUAUUAUUAAAUGUUGGGCCUAAUAACUUUUUUUAUACAAUCAAAACAAUGUUAAAUGGUAGGUGUAGAUCUUCACCCUCUCACUAACUGGUGCACAGCAUACUUGUGGUAAAAUUCAGAGAAGCAAUAGAAAAUACUGUAUAUUGAAGGUGGUGGCAAAGCAAUUUACUGGCCUCACCAGCACAAGAAAUAUUCUAACCUACACAGUCUCUGGUUAUUACACUGGCAUUUUUCAGUUACUUAUGCAAAAUAGCUUUCUACAUUAUUAAUUGUUUUGCUGACUAUUGUGGAUGAAAAUUAUUUUUAGCCUUUACAUUUAAACACACAUAUAGGUUAAUCUCUAUAGCUUUUGCCUUACAAAAUCAGCCAUGGCUCGCUUGGUACCACACUCACCUGAAUCAGAGGUUGAGAGUUCAAGUGUGACUCCGGGGACUUGAAUACAAAAAUCUAGGCUGCCACUAGUGCAGUGCUGAGGGGGUGCUGCACUGUUGGAAUUGCCAUCUUUUGAAUGAAAGAUUGAGCCAAAGCCUCUUCUGUUCUUGGGUGGAUGUAAAAGACUCCAUGGCACUGCUUUAAAAAAGAACAGGGGAGUUAUCCCCAGAAUCCUGGCCAAUAUUUAACCCUCAAAUAAAUUAUCUGGUCAUUAUCAUUUGCUGUUGUGGGAGCAUGUUGACUGCCACUUUCUUACAUUACAAUGAUUAUUCUUCAGAAGCAUUGAAAAGUGACUUGGAGUGUCCUGAGGUUGUGAAAAGCGCUAUAUAAAUGCAAGUCUUUCUUUCACUUAAACUUUGCAGGUGUCUGUGAUCUGUACUGUUGCCACAGAAUUUUUCAUUUAGACACAUCUGCAGAUAUUGUUCCUUUGUGCAUUCAGAGUUAUUUUUCGGGCUUGUAGGAGGAGGAAGGAAAGCUGCUCAGUAAACUAUAGAUCGUCUUUAACCAGAAAAGAAUUGUUGAUCUUCAUCUGAUGAAGGCAGUAGUUUUAUUUUUUAACCUGUGCAGUCUCAGGGUUUAUCAGCAAAAGCGCUCCAAUUUUUUUGCUCUAAGAUCACAGUUCUGAAAAUAUUAACUGAAAAGUUGAUAAAUUUUACGGAAUGUUUCAAUGAUUGAAAACUUAAUAUAACUUUUUUCUUAAAUUUCUUGCUUGUUUACCCUGAUUCCUGUACUGUCCAUAGAUACAAAUGACAACUAAUUUGGAGUGUUUUCUAUCCACUUUAUGUAGGAUACUAUAGACUGAUGUGGAAUAAGCACUAUCUCCUGACAAUGUGACUGAAUUUGGGAACUCUGGUACUACAACAGAGAUU